UAAAAGGUUUUAUAUGUGAUUUUUUUGUUUAAUAGCAGAAAGGCGGUAUUGAGAAAUAAAGUGGGAUUUCCUGCAUUGGCCAAAGUCUGGAGCAGUUGUCAAGGUGGUAUGCAACAGUGGUGUAUCUACUGUUGAUACAUGAGAUUCAUUUGCCCGCUAGUAAUAUUGAUGGAGGUGGGUGUUAGGGAGGAAUAUCUGUGAGCUACCUUGAAAAUUCAGGGUUUGCGAAAGGUCUCUCAUUUGUUUGCAUCGUCUGAGAGAGAUGUGUCUUCAGUGAUUGAAUGGAACUAGAGAAGUGUGUGUAUAUGGAUAUAACAGAUUGUUGUUGUUGUUUAGGCUUAAGUUAAUUGCUAUCCAUAACUGAGUUUUCAGUCUUUCAGAUACUUGGGAUGUCUGUGAAUAUCUAAAUAGAUAAACAUUGGGAUAAGAGUUUUGAGAGGAUAUAUUUUUUGAUAACUAUAUCUGUUCUCAGAAAUACCUUUUGGACAUGUGGAAAAUCAACUCAGUUAAUAUUUUAUAAAUGAAUGGCAAAUACAGAUUUUUAACACAAAGUGUAAAUCUAAGAGAAUAUAAAAAGGGUUUAUGUAUGUGUUGUAUGUUGGUUUGAGGGAAAAAAAUCAUACUAACCAUUUUAUGCCUCACAAUUAGUCCUAGAAAGCUCUUCAGUCAUCUCCACUAACCACUUUUUUAAAUGUUUCUAGGUCAUUGAAUCUUUGGGAAUUAUUAUUUAUAAAGCACUGGACUAUGGUUUGAAGGAAAAUGAAGAAAGGGAAUUAAGCCCUCCCUUAGAGCAGCUCAUCGAUCGCAUGGCCAACACGGUAGAAGCUGACGGCAGCAACGAUGAGGGCUAUGAGGCUGCAGAAGAAGGCCCGGAAGAUGAAGAAGAUGAAAAGAGGAAAAUCUCAGCUAUUCGGUCGUAUAGAGAUGUCAUGAAGUUGUGUGCUGCUCAUCUCCCUACUGAAUCAGAUGCACCAAAUCAUUAUCAGGCAGUAUGUCGUGCACUGUUUGCAGAAACAAUGGAGCUCCAUACAUUUCUAACCAAAAUUAAGAGUGCAAAGGAGAAUCUUAAGAAGAUUCAAGAAAUGGAAAAGAGUGAUGAAUCUAGCACAGAUUUGGAAGAGCUGAAAAACGCUGACUGGGCACGAUUCUGGGUACAGGUGAUGAGGGAUUUGAGGAAUGGGGUAAAACUCAAGAAGGUCCAAGAGCGGCAGUACAACCCUUUGCCCAUUGAAUAUCAGCUCACCCCUUAUGAGAUGCUAAUGGAUGACAUUCGCUGCAAAAGAUACACCUUGCGAAAAGUGAUGGUGAAUGGUGAUAUUCCCCCUCGGUUAAAAAAGAGUGCUCAUGAAAUCAUCCUCGACUUCAUCAGAUCCAGACCUCCUUUAAAUCCAGUCUCAGCCAGAAAACUGAAACCAACUCCACCACGGCCACGGAGCCUCCAUGAGAGAAUAUUAGAAGAAAUUAAAGCAGAAAGAAAGCUGCGGCCUGUCUCACCAGAGGAGAUUAGACGUAGCAGAUUAGCAAUGCGGCCACUUAGCAUGUCUCACAGUUUUGACUUGUCAGAUGUAACUACCCCUGAAUCUACAAAGAAUCUUAUGGAGUCAUCUAUGGUGAAUGGAGGUUUGACAUCACAAACAAAAGAAAACGGGUUAAGUACUGCACAGCAGGUGCCUGCACAGCGGAAGAAGCUCCUCAAAGCCCCAACUCUGGCCGAACUGGACAGCUCUGAGUCUGAGGAAGAAACCCUGCACAAGUCGACUAGCAGCAGCAGCGUGUCUCCCUCUUUUCCUGAAGAGCCAGUCCUGGAGGCCGUGUCCACAAGGAAGAAGCCUCCCAAAUUCCUACCCAUAUCAUCAACACCCCAGCCAGAGAGACGGCAGCCGCCCCAGAGACGACAUUCCAUUGAAAAGGAAACGCCUACUAACGUGAGGCAGUUCCUGCCGCCUUCCAGGCAGAGUUCCCGCUCUCUUGUUCCUAGGAUAACCAGUGUAUGGCCAAGGACGCCUUUUCGACCACUUUUUUCUACCAUACAAACAGCUUCUCUGCUCAGCUCUCAUCCUUUUGAAGCAGCCAUGUUUGGGGUAGCAGGGGCUAUGUAUUAUCUGUGUGAGAGAGCUUUUACCAGCAGGUGGAAAUCCUCAAAGGAGGAAUUCUGCUACCCAGUGGAAUGCCUCGCUCUUACUGUGGAAGAAGUGAUGCAUAUUCGCCAGGUCCUGGUGAAGGCAGAGCUGGAAAAAUACCAACAGUAUAAAGACAUCUACACCGCCUUGAAAAAAGGAAAGCUCUGCUUUUGUUGCCGAACCAGGAGGUUUUCCUUCUUCACUUGGUCUUAUACCUGUCAGUUCUGUAAGAGGCCGGUGUGCUCACAGUGUUGCAAAAAGAUGCGGCUGCCAUCCAAGCCAUACUCCACUCUUCCUAUCUUUUCAUUGGGACCUUCUGCUCUGCAAAGAGGCGAAAGUAGUACGAGGUCAGAAAAACCGUCCACUGCCCAUCAUCGGCCACUUCGGAGCAUCGCCAGGUUCUCCUCAAAAUCUAAGUCUAUGGACAAAUCAGAUGAAGAACUCCAGUUUCCCAAAGAGUUGAUGGAGGACUGGAGCACCAUGGAGGUGUGUGUGGACUGCAAGAAGUUCAUUUCAGAAAUCAUCAGUUCAAGCCGGCGCAGUCUGGUGUUGGCCAACAAACGGGCCCGAUUGAAAAGGAAAACGCAGUCUUUCUACAUGUCCCCGCCAGGCCCCUCGGAGUACUGCCCUUCAGAGAGGACGAUCAGUGAGAUCUGAGCCUCGUGCCUUUCAGCUGCUUUUGUGCUUAGAGUCAGCGUCCGUGCGCGAGAACACUGAGCCGGGCUGGCUCUCCUUUCUGUGGUUUUAUUUAAUGGGCUUGAAUUUGCAUUAGAUCAGAUUUUUGCUGCAUCACAUUGUUCCACAGACUGAAUGCUGUGUUCAUAUCAAUUGAUGAAACGUGACAGGUCCGCCAAUUGCUCGUUUGCACUGAGAGAGGACAACAGUUUGAAACUUACUUUUGUGUCUGUGUGGCUUUGGGAGCCAGUAACUACUUCCUUAGUUCAGUUCUUUACUGUUCCUCGAAUAAUCUCCUAAGGCAAAAAAAUCAAAAGCUUCUCCUGUGAGAAUCAGUCUAGCAGAGACGCCGAUGUCAGCACAGCCCUAAGCAGUAAGUCAUAUUGGCAUUUCCACGUGACCGUGUUUCUACCCCGUGUACAGAGAGAUCCAGAGCCCUACGCACCAGGACCUGGGGGCUCGCCGCACAGAACCUAGAAGCACCUGCUGACACUCUCCAACUGAUUUUUAAAUUAUUGUUGCUUGGAGAUGAAAAUUACAUAAGGGACUUUAUGCCUGCAUUCUAGUGCAAAACAUCUGAAGAGCUGUACACCCACAAGGGUGACUAUUUCCCCUGAGUGGCCGUGUUGUCCCAGUGCCCUGAAUCAGUGUCUCCUGAGUGGAUGACAGGUCUUCAUUCUCUAUCUUGAAUGUAUUAUGGUAACUAAUAGUUUUAUAAUGGAGGUCUAAGAAUUGAAGUUUUGUGGGAGUUUCAGGACAAAGGAAGGCUAAAAGUUUGUCAAGAAGUUGCGCAUAUUUUGGUUACCUAUGAGAAGGGUUGUGACCGCGUACGGUGGCAGCUGUUGGCCGCGCUGCAGAAAUGAGCUGGAGCUCAUGCGUUUUCAGCUACAUUUUUCAUCACUUUAUAGUACGUCCAUCUUGAGUAAAUUAAGCCACAAUUUGGUACCUAGGGUCUCAAAAACUGAAAUUUAUUUUUAUAAAUGAAUUUUAAAAGAAAAAAUAUCUACUUUUAAAGUGAGAAGAAAAUUAACCUGCCGACAGGCAACAUUUUUGGGUGCUUUCUGCACUAGUUUUCCUUGUAAAUGAUUUGAGUGAGCAGGUUGGGUUUCUGACGAAAGUAGACCGGAGGGUAGCACUGUAUGCCUCAAACGUCUCACUGUGUUUGACUCAUACCAUGGGCUAUACUUUAUUAUUCUGGUAUGCUUACAAAUGACCAACCAAUCAAAUUGCCAUUAAAGUUUGGAAAAUCUAUUAAUGCACAUGCACAGUAAUUUCCGGAAAGCCAUAGGACAUGUCUGCAGUCAGCACCAUGACAGCACCGUGUCAUGAAAGGCAUGGCGGCUGCAUUUCAUACCACAUCAAAUACAGUAACAUUUCUCUACUAAAUUAACAGCAAUACCUCAAAACUGCUCCGGUAGUAGUUUUUAAUGGGUUGAAAUUUACAGUUUAGUAAAUGGCUUAAAAUUACUUAUACUUAUGAAAUAAACUUUACCAGUUGACUAAAAUAAUGCAUGUUAACAGUUGGUCUGUAUUUGCAUGUAAAAGUGGGCCACCAGAGAACCCUUAUUGAUUACUUAAUUUAAGUGUUUAAAUUAUUUUAAAGACUCCUGUUUAAGAGCUUUAAGAAUUGUACUGGGCGAAUCUCAUUUAUAAAACUUCCUAAGAGCCUAUCUGAACUCUAGACUCCAGACAGUUAGGUGGGAGUAGAAAUCUACCCCCUUUGAUGACCCCAGGCUUGAGUUUUUAAAAUGACUACCCAGAAGGGCACAAGGGGGAGGAAGUGGUAUUUGUAUAUGUAUAUAAAUAUGCACCUAGGAGAAUGUGCUUUUUAAAAUAAUGACUACUGUUUUUAUUAAAACAUAAGAAACUACACCCCCAAAAUAAGACUUUCAUUCACAUUCACAAAGCAAACAUCUAGUAAAUGUCUUUCACUUCACUUUAUGAUACUGUAUGGGAUGAUUUGGGCAUUACGAUCACCUCUUACCACAGCAUAGAACAUCCAUUCUUCAACAGCAUUAACGGAGUUUGCCAAGUACAUUAAAGAGGUCACGGGGAGGGUACGUUCAUAUGAAACAAUCUGCAGAAACUGGCGUAAGAAAGGGCACAUGGCACAAAGUUGUAGAAAUCAAAUUACUAUCAUUUUUUGUUGCCAAAACAAAGUCUUACAUUUAACCCCCCUUUGUACCACCCCCCUCAACACUUCACCUAAGCUAGAUAAUUUCCAUAGGGUAAUUCACUAAGAGCUUGUGGAGCUUGGUUUUAAAAUCCUUGGCCUAGUCUGACUUUAGGCAUAGCUUCCAGUUCUUCCUUCCUUGUCCUGGUUUCUUGUUCAGCUUUUACUUCUAAUCCAACAACAAAACAGAUGUCUGGCUGGUCUCAGAGCAUGUGUGCAUUUCUGAACCAUCAUCCCUGCUCUCCUCUCAGCUCCCUCCAGGCCUGAGCACCGGUUCCUUUUGUCCUGUACGUCAUAAAGUCACACUAGUGGGAAACCUGUGCUUCCAUCUCCAUGGCUUAACUCCCUGUCAGUGUCGGAGUGUAUAAGAAUGCUUGUAAAUAUUGUAAUAUACUUAUUAAUAUUUGAAAGACAUUCAUUCAGUGGACAGUGGGAAUUAAGUCUCCCAAGGCAAGUGAAAAGAAAUGAUCAACAUGUACACUGAUUUAACAAUCUUACUAGAUUUUAAUUCUUAAGUAUUUCAAUUGAAACCAGAAGGUGGUUAUGUAGGAGGCUUAAAAUGAUCUUAUGUCUAAAGAGAUUCUGUUAUUAGCACCAUGAACUCAUACUAUGAAAUUUUUAAGCCUUUUAUUUUUCUAACUAUAUUAAUAUAGGACUGGAUUUUGGGCAUCAUAUAGGAAACACAAAAGUUGUUGCUGUUUGCUAAAGCAAUAUAGCAGAAAAUUUCGUACAUGCAAAACUGCUGAAGGACUGCAGAGAAAUGUGUACUACUGACGGGGCUUUUACUAGGCUUCCUGCGUGUGUAAAAGUCGAGGUAUUGCUGGCAUUCAGGGUGACAUGAUGGUACUAAAUGUUUUCCAUUAAAGUCUUCUAUUUUAAAAUUUAGGGAAAAAUAAAAUGGCUUUCCAUCA